AAGAGGAUCGUCAACGUAUGGUGCAAGUUCAUGUUCCCUUUUAAACCGCCAUCCAAAGGACAGUAUCCGUAUUACCCAAGCUGUGUUGUAAGGAACUUCACUACCGCCUACCUUUGCUACAAUCCCAGAGAGUCCAGUAUCAGCCUUAACACUUUCAUUACCGGCAUGUGGUUCUCCAAUUUUCAACCGUACAUGUUAGGACCACAAAGCGAUAAUUCCAUCAAAUGCUGCACGACACCCAAAGGAUACUACAUCGACUACGCAUCGUGUUACUACUUUCCCACGCAUGACCAGUACUGGGAAUACUACGACUCCAACUUCAAUUUCGUCGUUAUGUGCGCUCAAGGAUACGUGGCCACGGGAUUGGCUUGCAAACUCGAUCCUAUUGGUGGAGAUCUUCAUAUUGACUGGAUUCAGUGCUGUCGAUUAGGGUAA